AAGAAAUGCACGGCGGAUUCAGAGGAAAAAGAGGAAGGAAUGAACUGCGGAUCCAUGUUAGCUUACGUCUAUUUCAUCACCUUCUAUCUCUUCUGCUCCUUUGUGAUCAUUAAUCUCUUCGUGGCUGUCAUCAUGGAUAAUUUCGACUACCUCACUCGUGAUUGGUCUAUUCUGGGUCCCCAUCAUCUUGAUGAAUUUGUUACUCGUUGGGCUGAGUACGACCCCGAAGCGAAGGGCCGUGUUCGGCAUCUUGACGUGGUCACGAUGCUGGGAAAAAUUAGUCCACCCCUUGGAUUUGGGAGCAUGUGUCCGCAUACUAGGGCAUGUCACAAGGAUGAGAUAAUUGAAGUACCAACGUCAGAUAGAGGUACUUGUGUCCCCAAGACUUGUGAUGACCAAGAUAAUUGCUGUUCACCUUUCCCUAGUUUCCGUAAAGAAUCAUCGUCACGACAUUCAUCUGCGGAAGGUGUUAGCACGAAGAACAAUGUAAGAUAUGGCGACGCAUUCUGGCUUCGUCCAGUCAUCUGCAACCUGCUUAAUUAA